CGGUAAUUGCUAGCCACAUUCCAUAAUUUGGUAUACCGAUAACCGGUUAAUCGGUUACUAGUUAACCGAUUAAUCGGUUACUAGUUAACUGGUCACCGACCGAUUACCAGCCCUAAGAAGAAGGGGAAGAGGAAAUGCAGGAGUCCAAUGAAGAAGAAUUGGCCACAGGAAAGAAGUUGGAAAUGGAAAAUGAGAAGGAAAAGGAGAAUAGGAAAGAGGACUCAACUAAGGACAUGAACAUGGAAAAGCAAAUGGAAAGAGAGAGCCAAGAAGGGAAGAAGAAUAAUGAAAGUACUAUGAAGGAUCAUAACAGGAAACCUCACCAGAAAACUACACUAGAGAACCCAAAAACGAAAUCAAAACUGGAAAAUGAUAAGGGAGAGGAGGCCCCUAAGACCAAGGCCAAACUGAAAAGUGGUGCAAAGAAGCAAGAAGACUUAAGUACUAAGAUAGCUACGACAGUGGUCAACAAGGACAGUAGCUCCACAUUGAAGGCAGAAGAACAAAUGGCAGCCAGUAGCAUUCUACCCCUUCCAAAUCAAAAACUGGGAUGGACAAGGAGAGCUCCAAUGAUGCUAAGCCUGGACAUCAGCCAAAGAUGAAGGAGCUUCUCACCAAGCAAGCAAAAAGCCCAGAAAGAAAGAGCAUCAAGUCACCAGAAAAUGUGAAACAUCCGCCCCGAAGGAUCAGCUUUGAUCCCAAGCAGGGAGAGGAAGCUAGAAAAUCUGAAAAAUGUGUUCCUUGAUCCGACAACAGAUUGUAGUGGAGAGGGGGAGGGUACAACUAUGUCUGUCGACACUCCCUAAUGUUCCAACCUUGUGUUGAUGAUAUGGAAGUCCUCUCUAAUCUCUUUGAUGAUUAAAGUCUUCUCUUGGAAUUGCAGAGGUUCAAAACACCUCAAGUUUCACUAUACUUUCGAGUUUUAUAAGUAUAUUCAUAAACCAAACAUUGUUUGCAUUGUUGAACCUAGGGUUAGUGGGAAGGAUGCCCUUGAAAUCAUCAAAUCGCUUGGCUUUGAUUCCUAUGAGCUCUCAGGUUCCUCUGGAUUCAGUGGGGGAAUCUGGCUUUUGUGGAAUAAGAGUGAAAUUCAUAU